AUGUCUGGGGCAUUGUCAGACAAUGCAGAACUGGGGAGAGGCAGUGAGAGUGGCAUCGCGUCGCCCCCUGCCAAGCGCUUGAAGCAGGAAGGACAUUCCGGCGAGAAUGCGGGUGGCCCCGCGGUCUUGGAAGUGAAAGAGUCCAAGACAAAACCGCAAGACCCAGAACAGGCAAAGACCUGGAAGAAGUGUUCCGGGCACUGCGGGCUAUGGAAAAGCCCGGACCAAUACAAUAGCUCGCAAGGCAGGUGCAAGCCUUGUGUCCUUGGCGUGCGGCAAUUCUGGCGGCUUGCCCAAAAGCAGAAUUGCAAGGAAGACCUGAGCAAGAUGGAGCAAGAUGACAGCAAAUUGUUCAGUGAGGUGCAGAAAGCUUUCAUGAAGGAGCGAUCCCGCAUGGAGAAUACUCAGAACAAAAUUCGGUUCAACAUCAUCGAGUACAAGGACGAGGUAAUUGCUCGGUGUGGAGACCGGAAGGAGGUGAUCAAAAGCAUGAUGUGGGAAGGAGAAUGGAUGGAAGCCGCAAAAACGGCGGCUCAUGGAUACCUCACGCCGGAAGAGGCGACAUCAAAAUGGAAGACAUGGAAGUCGGACCCUGCAGUGAAGUCGGACCACGAUGGGCCGAGGGGAUUCCUCCGCUUGGCGGUGCCCACGAGGACAAAUCUGGUGGAGUAUGAAGAAUUUGCGACAGGCAAGAGGCUUGAUAAGGUCGAGCGCCUCAACAAGAAUGCAAAAGACAGCACGAUCGAUGAUCGCCUGAAACUCCUACUUUCCGAAAACCAUGCAAAGUUUGGCAGCGGUUCUUUGCAAGACCUUCGUGAGAAAGCCCAGGCAACUGGCGUUGACUUGGAGGACAUGGCAGCCCCCCACUUGGCGGACCUGACUGACACCUUGGAAAGGAAGAGGAAAAGACGCAAGAAGUCCACCGGACUGGAAAGUUCAAACAGCGAAGACGACACCCCGGCAAAAGAAGAUGGUAGCGCUGCUGCCGGUAGCGGCAGCGGUGCAGGUGCACCCGGUGGCCAAGACAAAGUGAAGUGGUUUGACGCAGAGACAAAGUGCCGAAAGGCAGAGCGCGAUUGGGUGACUGGCAUAGAAGGCCUUGAGAAAGCUGCGGAACUGCAGUCCAAAGAAGCCAUUGGUGUGCUAGAGAGCUUCCGAGCUUUGCCUGAUGCAAGCCGCUUUUCCACAGAGAUGUCCAUCUUGGGAAAGCGGGUGUCUUGGCUGCAGGCAAUCCAAGAGGGUGACCAGGCGGUGGAGAAGCUCAUCGAGGAGGCUGACAAAGAACAAUUAAAAGAGGAUGGCGAGUCAGACAAGAAAGCAGGAACAACAAGCGACGACGUGGAAGCUUUGGCUCGCGCCGGGCCAUGCCACGGCUACCAGGCGCUGAAGUCCUUCUACACUCUCAAGGCCUUUGGCCUCAAGUUUCGAUCGUGCAAAUCUGCGGAAGAGAUUAAGGCAGUCCAGGAGCUUGGGCACGCAGGGAAAAAGCAGACAGGUGUGCUUUCGUCCGCUGUCAAGAUUGCGCUGUCUGACUUGCAAAACGCCAAGAAGCGGGUUGAGACGCAGAAGAAAAAGGAAGAGGAGAAGGAGAAGAAGGCAAAGGCCAAAGCACAGACCCUUGAUGCGAGGCUUCUUGAUCCGCCAGUAAACGCAGCUCGCAGGAAGUCAGCAAACGCAGGGCACGCGUUGCUUGACACUUCGGCCAAGGUGUGGGAUGACGAAGGCAACCGCAUCCCAUCUUCCUUUCAGUGGCAAAGUGGCUGGGGCCUUGACAAGCCCUGGAUUAUCAGCAAUGCCAAAUUGCCAGAAGCCGUGGGCGCGCGACUUGGUGAAUUUGGAACAGUGUUCGCGUCGUCAAGCCUUCGAGUUACAGAAGGCAGAGCGCAUUGCCCAAUGUCAGAGGAGCUGACAAGUCAAGUGCACCAAAUGUUGCAGGGCAAUGCUGCGCUGCGUGAUGGGUGGCUGCUGGGAAAGUGUGGCGUGGAAUCCUUGCAAGCAGCGCAGGCCCCCAGACGGGUGAAAGAAUUGAUGAAAGAAACCACCUUUGGAAUUGCCAGCUCUUCAAGUUCCAUUGCAAGAUUCGAACUUGACCUGUUCCCAUGCCUUCGUGUGGUCCACAAGGGCUCAAUGCAGGUUGCGCUUUGGGCUAUGAAGCAACCAAAGGAUUUGCCGCAGCAAGUGGAACUUGUGGCCAAGGCCACGCAGCAAGAGGUGGCUAAUGCCUGCACGUCUGGCUCGGUGUCGUUUGGCACCAUUGGCCCAGGGGAUUGCUUGUACAUCCCACCGGGAUGCCUUGUGACUCACCUGGCGCACAGCGUGGAUGUCCUGGGCGUUAGGCUGGGUGUUCUCCACGCUGGAAUGGCUGACGGCUUUCAGGCCUUGCUGGACGCAAAUCCCGGCCAACAAGCAAGAGGGCCUUUGAGUACCACGUUGCAGUUCUUGAAGCAGCUUGCCAGAGCGGCAGCCGGAGCCCAGGAAUCCCCUUUGCAACCGCCCAUUACAAAUGGCAGCGAAGCAGAGAAGACAGAAAACGACCAGCAGGACAAGAAAGAGGACGUUGCGAAGAAGGCCGCUGCUGAAGACGCCAGCGCAAAUAAAGCAGCUGAGAGGCUGGCAGAAGAAGCAGGAGGAGCCAAAAAGGAUGCCGACGAGAAGUUGACAGCAGAAGAAGAAGCAGCAAGGAAGAGUUCCAUCGCAGAGGCUGAGGCCCAGAAGCAAGCAGCUGAGAAGUUGGCGGCGGAAGAGGAAAGAAAAAAGAAGGCUGAAGCUGAAGACGCAAAGAAGGCAGCAGCAAAGAAGUCGGCGGAAGAGGAAGAAGCAAGGAAGAAGAGUUUCUUGGAGGCUGAGGCCCAGAAACAAGCAGCUGAGAAGUUGGCAGCGGAACAGGAAAGACUGAAGAAGGCUGAAGCCGAACAGGCAAAGAAGGAAGCAGCAGAGAAGUCGGCAGCAGAGGAACGCGCAAGGAAGAAGAGUGCCUUGGAGGCUGAGGCCCAGAAAGAAGAAGCUGAGAAGUUGGCAGCGGAACAGGAGAGAAAGAAGAAGGCUGAAGCCGAACAGGCAAAGAAGGAAGCAGCAAAGAAGUCGGCGGCAGAGGAAGCAGCAAAGAAAAAGGCCUCAGCCGAAGCAAACAAGAAGAAGCAGCAGGAGCAAGAAGCUCAAAAGACCAAGGAUGACAAGAAGGGUGACAAAGGUGCCAAGGACACCAAAAAAGAUAAGAAAGACAAGAAAGACAAGAAGGAGCGGUAG